CAUCAGUGAGUCAGAAAAUCCCAGCUCAUCACAGAGUCCAGAAGGCCUGCAGACAUGCUGAAGUUUCUACUGCUGAGUGCUCUCAUAGCAGUGGUGCUUGCUGAGCAAAAUGUAAAGCCCCAAUACAUGAAAGCAUUGCAAGAUAAGGUUGUGGGGGGUAGUGAAGCCCAACCCCAUGCUUGGCCCUGGCAGGUCUCCCUUCAGUACCAGUAUUUGUACUUUUGGUACUACCACUUCUGUGGAGGUUCUCUGGUCAGGAGAGGCUGGGUGAUGACAGCUGCCCAAUGUGUGGACACAACAAAGACUUGGCGAGUGGUUCUUGGCGAUCACAACAUAUAUGUGAGUGAGGGCACAGAGCAGGCGAUCGCUGUGAGCAAUUUCUACGUACACCCCAACUGGAACCCCAACAGUCUCGCCAACGGGUAUGAUAUCGCUCUGCUCCGUCUGUCCUUUGAUGCCACCCUCAACUCCUACGUGCAGCUGGCUUCUCUGCCCUCAUUCGGUCAGAUCCUGCCCAACAACAACCCCUGCUACGUCACAGGCUGGGGCUACACCCAGAGUGGGGGUCAGCUGUCUGCCUCUUUGAAGCAGGCGUACCUGCCUCUGGUGGACUACAGCACCUGCUCCAGGAGUGACUGGUGGGGCAGCACUGUUAAGACCACUAUGGUCUGUGCAGGGGGCGGCAGUGACUCUGCCUGCCAGGGUGACGGCGGCGGUCCACUGAACUGUCAGGUCAAUGGACGCUACUACGUCCAUGGCGUGACCAGCUUUGUGUCCUCCCUCGGCUGCAACACACUGAGGAAACCCACCGUUUUCACCCGAGUCUCGGCGUACACCACCUGGAUGGAAGGAAUUAUGAAUCAGUAAAAGCAGAAAUUUAAGCGGUGUGAAGGACAGUCUACUGGAUAGGAUCUCAGCAUUCCAGAUAUGAGCCUUCCUUCUUAAAUUCAACUCCAUUGCAGACACGACGGAUCGACUAAAAGAAAAUAAAGUCUCUUGAUCACUCUGAA